AUGGAGCGUGGGAGAAGGCAUUGGGCGUCAAGUGAACCAAGGGGCACAGAUUCUUCAAAUUCAGGUAAGUAAAAGCACAGCAUAAAAUCCCAUAUCCAGCUGAUCAUAGCCUAAUUUUUUUACCUCAUUAAUUAGUGCGUUCUUUGGACUACUGCUAACUAUUUACAUUAAUCAGAUGAAUUUACCAUUUGAAUAUUUUUCUGCAGGAUACGGGGAUGAUGAUGUCAUCGACUUAACUGGUAACGACGAGACAGAAAGUGUGCAGGAUUCGAUAAUUGAUUUAACUGGUGAAGAGGACAUGGAAAAUGUUCAGAGUGAGAGAAUUGGAUUGACGGGACAGAAUUUUGGGGGAGGCCAUCAGCCUGUGGUGAUUGACCUAACAGGUGAGGAGAAUGAAAAUACACCUGACGAUGGCAGGGAGGAGAUAGGUAUAAACAGAAUCCACCAUCGCAGAAGAGAACGUGACCAGAGGGGGAGGUCACGGAGCCGCUCCCCUCUCCGUUCCCCCAUUAGUCCAUCCAGGGAGGAGAUGGCUGGGCUACGUCAACCCAAUUCCGGGUAUUUCAGGCCCAGCUUAAGACAAUUAAGACAUGCAAGGGCUGUAGAAACACGCAGAAUGAGGGAACAGGACCCUCCAGGUAACUGCCCCAUCUGCCUGGAGGAGUAUGAAAAUGGGCAGCACUUACUAACAUUACCAUGCAGGCACCAUUUUCAUACUGAUUGUAUUCUAACUUGGCUGCAGCAGAACGUCAGCUGCCCAAUUUGCAGGGAUCGUGUUUUUUUUGCCAAUGCAGGCCAGGUUUGCUUGAUGAGAGUAUCAUAUGUUAUUGACUUCAACCCAGAUGGCAGUGCACAUGCGUCAUUACUUGCCAGAUACUACAAGUGA